UUGGAGAGCCAAUUUGUCCUCGCCAAUAUAUCCUACGAUGAAACGAAAUAUAGCCACAUAGUCGCGAGUUUAUUGGAACGUAUGGCUACCGAAGUUCAGGACAUUUCGGCUGCUCCUCCAAAUACCGACAAGUACAAAGCAAUUAAACGGGCACUGAUCGACCGCAUGUCCCAGUCCAAAGCCCAAUGUCUCGAAAAGCUUCUACAUACUGAAGAGCUUGGCGACCACACGCCAUCGCAAUUCCUUCGACACUUAAGAACCCUCGCAGGUCAUACGGUUACGGAGGACCUACUCAGAAGCAUUUGGUUGUCCCGUCUUCCCACAGAUAUACAGAAGAUACUAACCGUAUCCAAGGGCACACUCGAAUCGCUUGCUAAGAUCGCCGACUGCCUUAGCAAAUUGUACCCCUCGACAUCGAAUAUCUCCGCCACGUCUACGGCCUCUGCCAUGGUCGAUCUCAGAAUCGCUGCGCUAGAAGUGCAAAUCACCAAACUCUCAAAACAAAUUUCCGAGAUGUCACGACAAUAUGGCCGUUCUCCACCUUGCCACCGUUCCUCGAGCUGUGGAAGACUCGAUCGACGCUCCCCAACUAACACCUUCCCAAACAAUAUCUGCUGGUACCAUGCAAAAUUUGGCACGAAUGCCCGAUACUGCUGACCACCUUGUUCAAUGGGAAAGGAG